AUGAAUAAUGUAAUAAGAUAUAAAAAUAGAUAUUCCUCAUUAAUAUUUCAAAGGAAAAUAAGUACACUACCAAAUGAUAUGAAAAAUGAUUAUGGAAUAAUUAGAACAAUUGUACAUAAAGAGAAAAAGAAAAAUUUUCGAAAAAUUUUUUUAUGUGUAAGUUUGAUUAAUAUAAGUACAUUUAUAUUUACUGUUCAUAAUUAUUAUAUAAAAAAAGACCCAAACUAUUUUUCAAAAAAUGAUAUAAAUAUUGUUGAUCAUAUAAUAUUAAGUAAUGUUGUAAGCUCGUUAGGUCUAAAUAAUUUAAGUUUAUAUAUAAAAAAUGGGUUUUAUACUAAACUAGUAGAUAGUAUAAAAAAUGAAAAUUAUUCUGUCAAAGAAAAUGCUUUAUUAAGUUUAUUGGAAUUGUUGUAUAAAAGUAAAACUUGUUUUCUAGAAAUUAUUGAAAAUUAUAAAAAAGAAAAUGCAGAUAUGUUGAAAUAUAUUUUUGAAAAAAUAAAAAAUGAUAAACUAGAGAAUACACAAAAAAUUGUUUUUUCCUCAAUCAUUUUUUAUUAUAUAAAAUAUAGUACUAAUAAUAAUAACAAUAAUGAUAAUACCUUUUUGACAUAUGACCAAAUAUGGGAACUUGUAUAUAACAAGAAUUUAUUCCAUAACCAUAAAGACAGAGACGAAAUAAUAGCCUACUUAUUAUUAUACAUUUUUAAGAAUGAAAAAUGUAUUAAUGAAGUUAUUCAAAGGGAACAAGAAAUUUGGAAUAUGCAAAUGAAUGAGCAUAAAGACAAUCGAAAAAAUGAAAUUAAUAAAAAUAAUAACUUAACUAAUGAUGAAUUAAAAUCAAUAAUACUCUUUUUGAUUUCCUGCAAAUAUGCAAAAAGUGCAAAAAAUUCAAAUUCAAUUUUAAAAUUUUAUUUAGAUAUUACACAAAAUAAUGAAAAUUAUUAUAAAGAAGAAGCUUUAAAUUUGCUUGAAAAAUAUUUUGACAAAAUGAAUAUUCCGUUUUUUUUAGAAAAAAAUGAUAAUAUAGAGAUUGAAAAAAAAAAAUCUUAUAGCAACAUUAUAAAUAAAAUAUAUAUAAAAUAUUUUGAAAAUACUGUUCUAUAUACUUUUUUUUUUUCAUUUGCACUUCAUAAUAUAUAUGCAAAAGAAUAUACUAUUAAAUCAUAUCUAUAUAUUUUAAAUGAUAUAUUUAAAAGUAUAUAUAUUAAUACUUUAAUUAAUUCUAUUUUUUUAGUACAAAAAUCUGUUAUCAAUAAUGUUGAUAUUAAUAAUGACACAAAUACAUUUUUUUCUCUUUCCUUUUUGUUUAAUCUUUUAAAUUCAACCUUAUUUUCCUAUUCCAUAUACAAGUGCAAAUACGGCUUUAUCCCUCUCGUAUUUUCACAAGUUGUGAAGGAUAAUUUUUUUCUUUAA